AAGAGGACGACCUUCAUUUCAUCACACGGCCGGGAACAGCGGUACGGGAAAGCGGUAGUUGUAUAUUUAUUGAUCUGGUUAGCAUACAUAAUUUAGUCAUUUCUAACCAGUUAGGUAUCCCGUACUGUAUUUUUUUAUUUUGGGAGUGGUACAGAGGCCGGCUAGUGGGCUAGCCACCAAGCGUUUGCGUUUCCGUUCUGUUCCAGCUUUGAGCCGAAGAGGCGAAAAUGGCGUUUUAAGGCGAAGAUGCGGGCACACUAAAGCAUCGGCAUGCACCAGGCAAAGCAAAAGCACCCGCGUACCUCCAUCCUCACAACUGCCAAGCAGUUGGGCUCCAGUGCCGUUCGCGGUAUAGCGGCGAGCCAACCGAUACCUCUCCUCUUAGACCGGAGGAAGCUAAUACUAGCAAGUUAGCUAGCUAGCUGGUUUAACCGGUUCGGUUAGUACACUAAGUUCUGUUACACCUCCCAGCCGCCUUGAUUCACUCCAGCAUCAGACACCGGAGACAGCAUCACACUCUUCAGCAUGAAGCCUCAAGACAUCAUAACAGGGAAGAGCAGCCUCUGGAUUUUCGGCUACGGUUCACUGGUGUGGAAGCCCGACUUCAAGUACAAGAGGAGCAAGGUCGGGUACAUUCGGGGCUACAAAAGGCGCUUUUGGCAUGGAGAUAAUUACCAUCGUGGCAACGAUGAAACGCCUGGAAGAGUUGUGACGCUCAUUGAGGAGGAUGAUGCAUGCACAUGGGGUGUUGCUUUCGAAGUGACUGGCUCCCAGCUUGAAGAGUCCCUCAAGUAUCUGACCGUGAGGGAGUCCGUACGAGGGGGCUACCUUACUCAGUUUGUGGAAUUCAUCCCACGCGGUGAGGAUCAGUCACCCAUUCAGGCCCUGGUUUACAUCGCCACGGCUGACAACCCCAUCUACCUUGGGCCGGCCAGCGCAGAGGAAAUCGCAGCCCAAAUCGCUGUGUGCAAGGGGAAGACGGGCCACAACAUCGAGUACCUGCUCCGCCUGGCCGAUUUCAUGAGGCACAGCUGCCCUGAUGUAGAUGAUCCUCACUUGUUCUCCAUCGAGGCAGCCUGUCUAGCUAUCAUUAGGCCCAUUCUGCUAGCAGCUCAGCAGCCUGUGUUUGCUUAGACAGCUAGAGGCGGUCAAACUCCAUUCUGAGUCAUAACAUGCUCCAAGAUGACACUGUGGUUGUUGUGAUUGUGUUCAGUGAUUCCAUCCCAUAUAUUACAAGUGGUUAAUUAAUUGUACUGUAUAAAGGGAAACUAGGUAUUUUAAUCUGUCCCUAGAAUAUGUUGUAAUUGAGUAGCAUGACAUGUGCAUUAGCCUCAUGUUUCUUUGGUCCUUGCAAUAUAAGCUCUGUCUGUGGUAGCAAAAUAAUCAAAAUGGGUCAAACACUGUUGUGCAAAACAUGUAAAAGUCUGAUGCGUGCAUGCUUGGUAAGUUCUAACCUCAAAAAGGUGAAUGGUUCUGUUUCUGCACAGCUGUCUCAAAAUAUGGUUAUUUUUGUCCAUUUGAUUUGCACAAAAGCUGACUUUCAGUUCUUAAGCCAUUUUGAUUUUUAUUUACGCCUAAGGAAAAAAAAACCUUUGUUGUAAAAGGUUCAAUUGUUUACUUGUGUCCUUGAAUAAAAUGGUUCACAUCCAUU